GCUCACUGCAAAGCGAAGCAUGCGUUUGUCUCCCUUCUUGUUCUACUGUUCGAGCCGAGUUAUUCUAUUGCAGUCAGGGGAUAUUUUCCGGAAUCUAGCGUUUGAAGCUGCAUUGUUCACCGACAAUGAAAGAUUCCAUACCCAGGACAGGUCGCGCACGGCCCCCACAGACAUUCUUAUGUGGCGCAGCGACCCAUGUGUAGUUAUUGGCCGUUUUCAAAAUGCGUGGAAAGAAUGCAAUCUCGACUUUUUGCGAGCAAACCAGUGGCUUUUAGCGCGUCGACAAUCUGGAGGUGGUUCUGUGUUUCACGAUCGAGAUAAUCUGAACGUAUCCUUCAUGCAAGCACGUUCGGUUUUGAACCGACGUAAUUGUAUGGAGUUUUUACAAUCUGUUUUGCAACGUCUUGUACCAGCUAAGAAGAUUAUCAUUGGUGAUCGCUUCGAUCUUUGGCAGGCUGAUGCUGGAGAAAAUGGGUUAGCCUCGGCAAAGCGAAAGAUUUCCGGUUCAGCUUCUCGACUGGGUGCAAAGGUUGCCUACCAUCAUUGCACACUCUUGUGCGAAACAAACCUUAACAAUUUGUCUGAGGUGCUCUCGCCGACUUUCAAGACCCUUCGUUCCAAAUCUACAGAUAGUGUGCGCAGCCCGGUGGCAAAUAUCGGUUUAAGCGUGGAGGAACUAGAACGGAGCAUCAUAGACGAUUCCCUGGAAUGGCUGAUCAAGGUAAGUCGACUCCGAUUGCGCUCUCAGAAAGUGAACUUAUUUAAACCAGUUACAGCUUUUUUAUAG